AUGGCAACAACGAAGGAGGAGGAGAUGGAGUGCGAUGAGACUGUUCAAAGUGAAGUCGAAGAGAAGGUUGAGAGCAUUGAGGACAUUAAAAUACAGAACGGUAUUUUCAAAUACCGUGUUCGAUGGGUUGGCUGCAAACCUAGUGAAGACACGUGGGAACCUGAAGAGAGUUUCACCGUAAGGCCUUGUUGGAGGAGUUCCGAGAAGCACAUAAGGAAAAGGUUGAGCAGCUUCUCAAGGCCGACAAACUUGAUGAAGGUCAUUCAGAAGCGAGAAAAGCCAGGCGAACAAAGCGUGGUCCUCGAUGGGAAUAUGCUAGCGGAAAUAGAAAGUAGCAGUUUGAAGCCACGAGAACUUCAGGCCGAUGAUGUUUUCUACGGAAAACCGGCAGCGGAAUUGGCAGAUGCGCCUAGUGAAUUGAAGAAACUUUUUGAUCCUACUCACAAGAAUACAGCUACUGAAUUAUUCCUUACCACAGAUCGUCGGGUAGAAGGUCACAGAAGUCAUGACAUACGAAGACACUUCACGUGGUUCAGCGAAGCCCUUACUCCUCAACCAGCACCAAAAGGACGUCAAAGGAAAGGAAAAGCGCCACCUCAAAGGGCCACAAAACGGAAAGCCGCUGAACGAAAGAAGGAAUCUGAGACUGCAGUUGAAACCGUGGUUAUCGCUUCAUCUAGUGUGGCUGAAAAUCAGGCUUCUACACCGUCCUCAUCUGACAAACCUCCGAUUGUGCUGAAGCUUACUUUGAAGAAAGCCGACAAGCCUGCAAAGAAGGAAAAGCGCUCUUCAUCUGAGAAGGCACCAAAAGAGAAGAAGAAAAGAGAGAAGAAAUCUUCGUUGGAUACUGUAACCUCUCCGCCGCCGUCACAAGGGAAGGAUGCUGUUCAGCCUGAGAAGUCAUCAAGUCAGGAAACUGAAAUGGAGGUGGAUCAGCCAUCAUCUCAGUCGGCGAGUAAAGCCGCACCUGUCUCAGAAGAUAAUGCCACAGAAGGCAAGCCGAAGACCUCACCAGCAUCGAUGCAAAACUCCGAGUCAACCUCGAAACCGACGCCGGUUAUG